AUGGAGGACAAUUCAUUGAACUUUGAUUCGCCUGCCCCAGGCAGUAAUGCCAUCCUCGAGCAACCACCACUUCCCGCAGAGUCUACUUCACCACCAAGUCAAGGGGCCACUGGACAAGCCCAAAGAGCAGAAGAUACCCCAAUGGGAGAAGCUGGUUCCGUCGAUUCAGCCAUCAAAAAAGAUUCAAGUGCGCCUGUUUCCGAUAAUCCGCUCGAUGCGCCUGACGCACCUCGCCCAGAAGCAGAUGAACCCAAGGAUGAGGUAAUGGGGGAUUCCCAAGCCCAAGACGAAGUGAAAGAAAGUAAAGAGGGCGAUGGGGAGAGUGGAGCUACAAAUGGACAGGUUGAGAAAACAAAAGCUUCAAUCGAAGCAUCAGCAAGGGAACAUCUUAUUUCACAAACACAUUCGACUAUAAUACCAAGUUAUAGUAGUUGGUUCGACAUGCAUGCUAUUGCGCCAGUCGAGAAGAAAUCUUUGCCGGAAUUCUUCAACAACCGCAAUCGCAGCAAGACCCCAUCUGUUUACAAGGAUUAUAGAGACUUCAUGAUCAAUACUUAUCGAUUGAACCCAAUAGAGUACUUGACGGUGACAGCAUGCCGGAGGAACUUGGCUGGUGACGUUUGCGCCAUUAUGCGCGUUCAUGCAUUUCUCGAGCAAUGGGGCUUGAUCAAUUAUCAAGUUGACGCACAACAACGACCUUCGCAAGUCGGUCCCCCUUUUACUGGCCAUUUCAAAGUGAUAUGUGACACCCCUCGUGGCCUGCAGCCGUGGCAGCCUUCCGCCGAUCCAAUCGUUCUUCAGGGCAAGAAAAAUGAAGAUACAGAGGCCAAGGCAGUUGCAGAGCCAGCUCCCAAGUCAGACUUAAAUUUACAGAUAGGACGCAACAUCUACGAUGCUACUGCCAAAGAGAACAAAUUGAAUGCGGACUCCAAAAAGCAAACAAACGGCGAAGGUGCGAGCACCAAUGGCACUUCGGACAUUGUUCAAAAGUCCAUCGAGGACAUUGUGAAAGCUCCAAUAACCAAAAUUCUCUGUCAUGUUUGCGGUAUUGACUGCACUCGUGUUUAUUACCAUCACAUGUCUCCGGCCGACCCAACAGCUCCCGGAACCACCAAGGGUAAAUCGGAUAUUUGCUCGAAUUGUUUCAUGGAAAGUCGAUACCCUCACAACCACGGUCGAAUACAGUAUCAAAAGAUGGAGAAUCCAACAUACACGGCCGCUCCUGAACUUGCUCGUGACUGGAGUGAUGCCGAGGUUCUUCGACUUUUGGAGGCUUUGGAAAGUAAUGAUGAUGACUGGACGGCAGUCGCGGAGUACGUCGGUACCAGAACGAAAGAAGAGUGCGUCGUCAAGUUCCUGCAAUUCGAGAUUGAAGAUAAAUACAUCGAUGUGGAGCCAAGCAGCACCGACAAAUCCAACAAAUCCAUCGGCGUUGGUAUGUUGGGUCCUGAAAACGGCAUGCUUCCUUUCAGUCAGGCCGACAACCCACUUAUGUCUGUAAUUGGUUUCUUGGCAAGUCUUACAGACCCUAAGGUUACAGCAGCUUCAGCUGGUAAAACAGUAGACGCAAUGAAGAAAAGUCUGCGAGAGAAGAUUGAGAAACCGCAAGGAUCCGAGAAGGGGAAGGAGAAGGAGGGAGCUUCGGACUCGAUGGAAAUUGACGAUACCGAAUCGACUAAACAAUCGUUGAGUGAGAUUGCUGCAUUUCCAUUGGUUGCGGUUGCCGGUCGUGCUGGUGCCUUAGCAUCCCACGAAGAACGUGAAAUGACUCGCUUGGUAUCGGCAGCCGUGAAUAUUACAUCAAUGAAGCUCGAUUUGAAGUUGAAACAAUUUAACGAAAUGGAAGAUAUCCUGCAAGCGGAGCGAAGAGAGCUAGAAAGAGGUCGCCAACAGCUCUUUUUGGACCGCCUAUCAUUCAAGAAGCGUGUUAGAGAUGUACAAGAAGGUCUGAAAACAGCUGCUGCAACAGGCGGGGAACAAGGAAUCAAAAUGGCACAGGACGUCAUGCAAGGAGGGGAGAAAAUGUCCUUUAAUGGGGUUUCUGCUCCCGCAGGAAGCGUACAACCGUUGAGUGCGGAAGGUCAAAUCAAGAGUUAUGAUAUCUAA